AUGACUUUACGACAAGCUUUUAUUGUUGCUGCUAAACGAACACCCUUUGGUAGUUUUGGUGGCAAACUAAAAGACUUGACAGCGGCCGAGUUGGGUGGAUUGGCAUCCAAGGCAGCUUUGGAGGAUUUGGGCAACAAGCAAGUUCCGGUGGAUGCAGUGAUUAUGGGUAACGUGAUGCAAACGGAUCCAGCAGGUGCCUAUGUUGCUCGACACAUUGGCCAUCGAGCCGGUUUACCAGUCCGUGUGCCAGCAUUAACAGUGAACCGGUUAUGUGGUUCGGGAUUACAAAGCGUGGUGAAUGCGACACACGAGAUUCUCUUGGGUGAUAGUGACGUGGUACUUGCAGGUGGAGCUGAAAGCAUGAGUUUGGCACCCUUUGCACUCUCUGGAAAGUCACGAUGGGGAGCAAAACUCGGUGUGGAUUUGACACUAAAGGACACCUUAUGGGCUACACUCACGGAUCAAUAUCCUAACCCCACACCCAUGGGCAUCACGGCUGAAAACCUUGCUGAAUUAUAUGGUAUUUCUAAGGAGGAAUGUGAUGCGUUUGCUGUCAGUAGCCAGAAUCGUUAUGAGCAAGCGGCCAAGAAGGGUGUAUUUGAUAAUGAGAUCGUACCUGUAAAAGUCAAAGGGAAAAAGAAAGGUGCAUUGGAAACAAUGUCUACGGAUGAAUAUCCACGUGCUGGUGUUACCAUGGAAGCGAUUGAAAAUCUCAAACCAGUGUUUAAAAAGGAUGGGGUUACUUCAGCUGCCAAUGCUUCAGGUAUCAAUGAUGGUGCAGCUGCAUUGAUUAUCGCCAGCCAAGAGGCAGUCGACAAGUACAGCCUUGAGCCUCUCGCUCGUAUUGUUAGCUGGCAAGCAUCCGCUGUUGAACCUACUCUCAUGGGUCUUGGUCCUGUACCUGCUAUUCAAGGUGCUCUCAAGCGCGCUAACCUCAACCUAGAUCAAAUGGAUCUCGUAGAAGUCAAUGAAGCCUUUGCUGCUCAAUAUCUCGCUGUUGAAAAGGAGCUCGGCUUGGAUCGUGAAAAGACCAAUGUAAACGGAGGUGCUAUUGCUGUAGGCCAUCCAUUGGGUGCAUCAGGUGCUCGUAUCCUCACUCACUUAUCACAUGCUCUACAACGUACAAAGUCAAAAUAUGCAAUUGGAUCUGCUUGUAUUGGUGGUGGUCAGGGUGUUGCUGUCAUUUUGGAACGUGUAUAA